AUGAGCCGCCGGUUCUGGCUCUACCUGCUGGGCCUGUGGCUGACCACCAGCCGCCUGCACCACGGCGCCUUCGUCGGCGGGAGGGCGGCGUCGCAGCUCGACCGCUCCUGGCGAACGGUGCGUCAGGUGAGGGAGAGGAAGAAGGUGGAACGUGGGCGCCAGACAGGUGGAGGAAGCGGGAACGCUCAAGACCAGACGGACCCCAGAGCGAUCACGCAGCGCAUCUCGCAGGCUGCAUCCGCUUCGGAGGUGCUGGGGGUAGUCAAGCGGGAGCAGCGCAACCCAAAGCUGAACCUGAUUUCGAUUUCUGCUGCCUGGGCGAAGAUUGCAAAGAUGCCGCGCAGUCUGGCAGCCGGCAUGGAUGAUGUGCAGCGUGAUCCCUUUCUAGCAGACUUUAUUCGCUUGACAGAAGAUUGGGCAAAGAAGGCCUGUGCUGAACCCAAGUUUUAUGCACGUGCAGUGGCAAACACACUUUGGGCAGUUUCAAAGUUGCAUUCCUCAAUGCCAGUGCAGCUGGCAAGUCUACAGAAGCAGCUCAGCAAUGCUGUCCAUCAGACGGCAAAUUACAUGCAGGCGCAGGCCGUUUCAAACAUCGUUUGGGCCUGUGCGAAGCUGUCAGAUUCCGGAGACGACUCUUUGCUGGCCUUGCCGCAUGCUUUAACACGCAGGAUCCAAGAAGUGCAGCAGGACAUGACUGCACAAGCCGUUGCAAACAUCAUUUGGGCCAGCGCAAAGCUGUCAGAUUCUGGAGAUGUCUCUUUGCUGGGCGUGCUGCCAGCUUUGGCUGGCAGAGUCCAAGAAGUGAAGCAGGACAUGAAUGCGCAACAUGUUGCAAAUAUCAUUUGGGCCAGCGCGAAGCUGUCAGAUUCUGGAGAUGCCUCCUUGCUGGCCUUGCUCCCUGCUUUGGCUGGCAGAGCUCAAGAAGUCAAGCAGGAAAUGAAAGCGCAGGAGGUUGCAAACAUCAUUUGGGCCAGCGCGAAGCUGUCAGAUUCUGAAGAUGCCUCCUUGCUGGCCUUGCUGCCUGCUUUAGCUGGCAGAGUUCAAGAAGUGAAGCAGGACAUGAAUGCGCAGCAUGUUGCAAACAUCGUUUGGGCCUGUGCGAAGCUGUCAGAUUCCGGAGACGACUCUUUGCUGGCCUUGCCGCAUGCUUUAACACGCAGGAUCCAAGAAGUGCAGCAGGACAUGACUGCACAAGCCGUUGCAAACAUCAUUUGGGCCAGCGCAAAGCUGUCAGAUUCUGGAGAUGUCUCUUUGCUGGGCGUGCUGCCAGCUUUGGCUGGCAGAGUCCAAGAAGUCAAGCAGGACAUGAAUGCGCAACAUGUUGCAAAUAUCAUUUGGGCCAGCGCGAAGCUGUCAGAUUCUGAAGAUGCCUCCUUGCUGGCCUUGCUCCCUGCUUUGGCUGGCAGAGCUCAAGAAGUCAAGCAGGAAAUGAAAGCGCAGGAGGUUGCAAACAUCAUUUGGGCCAGCGCGAAGCUGUCAGAUUCUGAAGAUGCCUCCUUGCUGGCCUUGCUGCCUGCUUUAGCUGGCAGAGUUCAAGAAGUGAAGCAGGAUAUGAAAGCCCAGGAGGUUGCAAACAUCAUUUGGGCCAGCGCGAAGCUGUCAGAUUCUGGAGAUCACUUUUUGCUAGCCUUGAUGCAUGCUUUAGCUGGCAGGGCCCAAGAAGUCAAGAAAUAUAUGACUGCACAAGCCGUCACAAACAUCAUUUGGGCUAGCGCGAAGCUGUCAGAUUUUGGAGAUGACUCUCUGCUGGCCUUGCUGCCUGCUUUAGCUGACAGGGCCCAACAAAUCAAGAAGGAUAUGAACGCGCAGGCCAUUGCAAGCAUCAUUUGGGCCAGCGCGAAGCUGUCAGAUUCUGGAGAUAAAUCUUUGCUGGCCUUGCUGCCGACUCUUGCUUCGAGGGCCAAGGGAGUGCGUGCCCAGAUGAAGCCGCAAGACAUUCAAAUGAUUCGGCAGCCAGCCAAGAAGCUUUUGAAUAGUUUGACGGAUACAGAUAUUUUUGAGGCUUGUCAACGCCUCAGCAAGAUUUAG